AUGGCGAGCGGAUCGCACCUGAGAGUGUCCGAUGUCAAUCUGGGAAGAGUGAUGGGAAUCUGUCGCUGUCUGAACCUUUCCUUUACGGAAGAACAAGUUUUGGCAAUCAUCAGAGUGAUAGAGGCCGGGGCGAGUCCAGCAGCACUUCUCGAAUGGCUACGUAAAGUAGAGGAAGCUAAAAGUACGGAACUGACUGCCGGUUCGAAGGUUUCUACGGGACAAUAG